AUUCAACAUCUGUCUCUGUCGUCAGCUUCAGCUGUUGAUGCUCGUCAGAUGUGUAAUUCUAACCUAGAAACCAUGUGAAUUUGUGUUUAUAGGAGUUUACUUUCAAUGUUUCAUUAGAUAGCUAUAGUGAUCAUAUAAAUAUGCUCAAGUUACGAGUAAAAUCAUUUCCAAUCAAUCUGAAAAAUUACUCUCGUUUAAGACACUUUAUAUUGGGUAAUUUAAACUCUGAUGAACAUCAUCAUAAUGCAACAUUGUUUGGAGGUUAUGUUCAAAAAAGAUUUAAAAAGAACCAAAAUCUUUCGUCUCUAUUUACUCCUUUGCCUGUGAAAUCAAACCCUGAUGACAUAAAUGUAGGAGUUGAAUUGACCGGUUCGCUCAAUAAAAAUGAUCUUCUCAAGAUUCUUAACAAAUUUUACCAACGAAAAGAAAUAAAAGCUUUAUCUAUGGAAAGUGGAUUAGAUACUUAUGUUCAACAUCAGGCCUAUAUUGGGUUUAGAAAGUUCUGCCUUGAAUCGGAAGCAUUGCCGACAGAUUUGCAUGUGAUCCUGAGUGAUAUUCUCCAAGGAGCAGGUCAUGUUGAUGAUAUUUUCCCAUAUUUUUUGAGACACGCCAAACAAAUGUUUCCUCAUCUGGAGUGCAUGGAUGAUCUCAAGAAAAUAAGUGACUUGAGAGAACCGGCCAACUGGUAUCCUAGUGCUAGAUCUAUGACUCGAAGGAUAAUAUUCCAUGCAGGUCCAACAAACAGUGGGAAAACCUACCACGCACUUCAGAGGUUUCUAAAUGCCAAAUCCGGAGUCUAUUGCGGCCCUUUGAAACUGCUUGCCACCGAAGUUCACAAAAAAGCAAACGACUAUGGUACUCCAUGCGAUUUAGUAACCGGCGAAGAGAGGAAAUUCGCACAGGGUCCCGAUAACCCUUCAAAUCAUGUAGCGUGCACUGUUGAAAUGACAUCUGUUAAUAACUCUUAUGAAGUAGCUGUUAUCGAUGAGAUUCAAAUGGUGAGAGAUAAUGCUAGAGGCUGGGCGUGGACAAGGGCUCUAUUAGGAGUGAUGGCUGAAGAGAUUCACGUGUGCGGGGAAGAAGGGGCCGUCGAACUCAUCAAAUCCAUAAUGACAACCACUGGAGAAGAUGUUGAGGUUCGAAAAUAUAAAAGAUUGACAAAACUCGAAAUAGAAGAUUCAGCUGUGGUUUCAUUGGACAGAGUUCAGCCUGGAGAUUGCAUAGUGUGUUUCAGCAAAAAUGAUGUCUAUUCUGUGAGUAGAGGGAUUGAAGCGCGCGGCACUGAAGUAGCAGUCAUCUACGGCGGGCUACCACCUGGAACAAAACUUGCCCAAGCUCAAAAGUUCAAUGACCCCGAGAGCUCAUGUAAAGUUCUAGUAGCAACUGAUGCUAUUGGAAUGGGCUUGAAUUUGAGUAUACGUAGAGUUAUAUUCUACUCCCUAAUCAAACCAUUACUGAAUAAUAAAGGUGAGAAAGAAAUGGACUUGAUUCCUGUUUCUCAAGCGCUACAAAUAGCUGGUCGGGCGGGGCGAUACAAUACACAGUUUGAAACGGGUUAUGUGACCACAUUCAAAUCUGAAGACCUGUCGACAUUGAAGAAUAUAUUAUCUCAAAGUCCUGAAGAAAUAGUUCAAGCAGGACUUCAUCCAACGGCUGAACAAAUAGAGCUGUAUGCUUAUCAUCUUCCAGGCUCAACACUGUCCAAUCUCAUGGAUAUAUUUGUUACACUGAGCACAGUCGACGACUCGUUGUAUUUCAUGUGCAACAUAGAAGAUUUCAAAUUCCUUGCUGAGAUGAUACAACAUGUUCCGUUGCCACUGAGGGCCCGCUACGUGUUCUGCUGUGCUCCAAUCAACAGAAAAAUGCCUUUUGUCUGCUCACUAUUUCUAAAGUUUGCCAGGCAGUACAGUAAAAAUCAAGCUCUAACGUUUGAUUGGCUGUGUCGAAAUAUUGGCUGGCCGAUUGCACCACCCAAGACAAUCCUGGACCUUGUCCAUCUCGAAGCAGUAUUCGAUGUUCUCGACUUGUAUCUUUGGCUAAGUUACCGCUUUCCAGACCUGUUUCCAGACUGCAAUCUAGUUAGAGACAUACAGUUUGAAUUGGAUUCAAUAAUACAGCAAGGUGUGUUCCAACUAACUAGACUUCUUCGUAAUUCCGAAACAAGAGUGAGCUCUGGAACCGGCGAGGAUAUACAAGACGAAUUCAAUAUGAGAAAUGUCAAGCAACGCUAUUUGAGAGAUGACAAUGACAUCUAUGACGGUAAAGACGACGGUGACAUUGAUGAUGGGAAGAGAGGAUUAGGCAAAGGCCGGUUGACCGAGAGGCUGCUGUCUCAAGGACUGUUGACGCCAAACAUGUUGAAAGAGUUGAGGCAAGAAUGGACCCAGCAAGGCAGAAGUAAAAUGGCACAAAUAUCAGAAACUCCUCAAAGAGAUGAUAGGCGUGGCAAAAGAGGGAGGAAGCCGAAACAUUGAUAGAUGAACAUUUUCCUAGAAUUACAUUUUUUAGCUCGCUAUUCUGAAAUUGAUGUAAAUACUGUUAUCACACAUUAAAACGAUUUGAUAGAACUUUGGA